AUGCACGGGCUGGACCCGGGCGGCGCGAGCGCGUGCUUCACCUCGUCGGAGCGUUUAUCCGACACGGAGUUCGCCGACGACUUCGAUCCGUCAUCUCCUCCCGGCCCUUCAUCUUUUCUGACGACCGCCGACGACAUGGAGGCGCGCCUCUCCCGCCCGUCCCCGCACACGCGGAUCGCGGAGGCGGAAACUCCGCGCAAGAGCGGCGGAGGGGGAGCAGGGGGAGACGGCGCUGGCGGAAUGUGCUGGUCGCCAGCGUGGCUGCCGAGCGAGGAGGACAUUUUCAACGACCCCAUCAGCGGGGACAGCACAAUGCUGCACGAAGCGCCGCCUUUCGCGGGAAACAGCGGCGGGAGCGGCGGAAGCCGCGGGUACCAAGGAGAAAGCGGACCGGGGAUGGGCACUGGGGCGAUGCCCGCCGGAUCUGGCGGCGGGAAUCGCGGGGUGGGGGGUAUGAGUGGCGGGAAUAGUCCGUUCGGAGUUAAUCUGUCCGGGACAGACUCGGCGGGUUUGCUGCUAUCGCGCACUUCGCCGAUGCCUGGGAUGACCGUGCAAGAUUUAAUCAUGGCCGUUGAUUCGGUGAGCUUCGCCACCCCGGCGCCGCACGGCAGCCGCGCGAUCGGCGGCGGAUCGGACGGAACGUCGUUCAACAACGCCCUUUCGUACACUAACGGACCGUCUAGCAACAACGCGCCGUCAUCUUACACCAAUGCGCCGUCCUACACUAACGGCCCGUCUUACGCCGCCAACCAAUCACCCGAGCCUUGGUCCCUCACCUCCUAUUACGACACGCCCGUUUCCGAUAUCCUCUGCGAGACUAAUCAAGCCUCCACGUCAGACGCAGCAGCAGCAAGCAGGGCCAUCAAGGCAGCAGCACUCGCCACCGGCUGGAGUGCCGCUCGUGCAGCAGCAGUACCAGCAGCACAUGCAUCUGCAGCCAGCACCGCAGCCGCAGCCACAGCCACAGCCACAACAGCAACAGCAACAGCAGCAACAGCAGCAGCAGCAACAACAGCAGCAGCAGCAGCAGCAGAAGCAACAGCAGCAGCAGCAACAACAGCAGCAGCAGCAGCAGCAACAGCAGCAGCAGCAGCAACAGCAACAGCAACAGCAACAGCAACAGCAACAGCAGCAGCAGUACCAGCAGCAGCAGCAGCAGCAGCACCUGCUACAGCAUCAGCCGCAUCAGCUUUACCAGCAGCCAGACCUCAAGCCUCUUCCCGAGAUGGUGGUGUUGCAGCAGACACAGCAGCAGAGAGCACAGCAACAGCAGCAUCAGCAGCAGCAGCACCAGCAAAACCAGCAGCCGCAGCAGCACCAGCAAUACCAGCAGCAGCAGCAGCAGCAGCAGCAAUAGCAGCAGCAGCAGCAGCAGCAGCAGCAACAGCAACAGCAGCAGCAGCAGCAGCAGCAACAGCAACAGCAGCAGCAACAACACCAGCAAUACCAGCAGCAGCAACAACAACAGUAUCGGCGGCAGCCGCAGCAGCAGCAGCAGCAGCAGCGUCAGCAGCCUCAGCAGCAGCAGCAGCAAUAUCAGCACCAGCAGCAGACGCAGCAGCAGCAGCAACAGCAGCAGCAGAGCCAACAGCACCCCCCUGCACUCCCUCCUCCGCCACUGCCGCCACCACUGCCACCAUCCCCACUGCUUCUCCUCCUGCUCCUGCUCCUCGUGCGCUGGUCCUCCCCCCCCUACCUUCUGCCGCGUCAGCAGCACGGCCCCUUGACGUCAGCAGGCAUGCCGGCAGCACUGGCAACACAGCUGUGACAGUGAAGGAAGAGGCGACCAGGGCAUCGUCCUCACCUGGGGGAGGUGCAUCUGGUGGGGCAGGCGUGCCUAGAGCAGGCGCAUCUGUGGACCUGACGUGCGAGGAGGACGAAUUGAAGCUGAGCCUGGAUGCUGGCGAGGAAAACGAAGGUGGGGGAGCAGCAGCAGGAGCAGCAGCAGCAGGAGCAGCAGCAGCAGCAGCAGCAGGAGGAGGAGGAGGAGGAGGAGGCGCAUUCAAGCACGCAAGUUGUAAGAACGACCCCAGCCCCACCGGGCACGGCGACACAGUGAUGCAGCUGCAGUACGCGGGAGGCAACGGGCCACUCGGCUUCGGAUACAAGAUGGUCCCCCGCAGCGCUUCUAUCACCACCGCCCCCUCCUCCCUCCCCUCCCUGGGCGGCGGCGCUUCAUCAGCAGCAGCAGGCUCAGCCUCAGCUGCUGCUGCAGCAGCUGCACAAGCGGCACGAGGAGCGGGUGACGUGGGCGGGUUUAUGGAUGAUAUGGAGGAGGAUGACGAGGAUGACAUGAUGGGGGGCGGAUCAGGGUACAGUCGCAAGAGAGGGUUUGUGCAGAACGCAGCAGCGUCUGCAGCGAGGAAGCGGCGGCACGACAUGAACCACCGCGUCAAGCGCCUGCUGGACCUCGUGCCCGUCUCCAAUAAGAGGGACACAGCGGCCAUGCUGCUGGAGGUGAUACAGCUAGUACAGUCCACCAUCGCUCAGAUCAAGGAAAUAACGCUGGGAGAGGACUGCCCGCCGUCAGAGCGAGCAUGUGGGGUGUGCAAGGAGGAGCCACUCUCGUCCCUCACCCACCACGCCCCUGCCUCCUCUGGUAUCAGCCUCGCUGCCUCCGCCGCUGCAGAGAAACAACAACAGCAGCAGCAACAGCAGCAGCAGCAGCAGCAGCAGCAGCAGAUGGCAGCCAGCCAAUCAGGAGCUGCCAGCACAUUCUCAAACAACACCACAGCUGCUGCUCCUACCCCAGCCGACUCGCAACCACCCCAGCAGAGCGGGGCAAUAGCGCCGUCAACAGCAACAUCCGCGGCUCCUGUGGAGAACUCGCCCAACUCCAAGCAGAGUGCGCGGGCGGCACAAGCAGCCAAGCUAAGGAUGAGACGAAAGAUGCAGCAGGCGAGGCUAGAGGCCGAGCGGAGAGGCACGGGGGGAGCAGGAGCGGGGGCAGGAGGGAGAGAUGGCGGUACUGGUAGGAGUGGCGCGAGUGGUGGGAGUGGAGGGAGUGGAGGGAAAAAGGGAGGUGGUGGUGGUGAGAAGGAGAAGGGUCCCAUGAAGACUCUGGCUGUGAGAGGGUUUGCUAUUGUUAGUGCUAAGUGUGCUAAUAUUGUGGCUGCUAAGGUGGUGGUGCCAGAUGUUCAGGUGUAG